AAAAAAAAAAAAAAACAAGAUGAAGCGGGAAUCCGACAACUUCAAGCGGCAAGAACCCCUAUAUUAGGUUUAUGCGCCCGCCCACCCACUUUUACUUCUCUCUUUCUCUCGUCGCCGCCCGCCCGACCGACCCUUCUCCGCUCAUCUUCAGGUAACAAUGGAUGUGGAUAUUAUGGAAUUGAGUAAACCUGAAACCCUUAAAGUUAAAGAAGAAGUUGACCCAUAUGCAACAGAGUGUUCAAGUUCAUUUGAUGAUGAUAGUUUAUCUGGAGGAGACAAUCAUAAUCAUAAUAAUGAUGAUGUUUCAGCUUGUCCAAGUGAUGCUGAAGUUGACUCACAUUUUUUUGAAAAUGAUGAAUUUGGGUUUGAUGAACUUGGUAGUUUGUUCCCUAUGAGGAAGAAGAAAUUGACUGCUCAUUGGAGGAACUUUAUACGCCCUUUAAUGUGGAGGUGUAAGUGGGCAGAGCUGAAAAUGAAGGAGAUUCAGUCACAAUCAUUGAAGUAUGAUAAAGAACUAGCGGAAUUCGAUCGGGUGAAGAAGAUAGAACAAGAUCAAUGUCGUUUGCCUGGUUCUUCGUCGAAAUCAUCGCAGUAUGUUUCCAGAAUGGGAAGAAGGAGGAGAAUGAUCAUGAAGAGGAGGAAACGGAAGAGAGUUGAAGAUUCUGUUGACAUUAAGCCAUAUGUUUCACAACAUAAUCUCUUCUCUUAUCAUGAAAAUAAGAACACCAAUUCAGAUGGAAGUGUUGUAGUUGAGGAGUUCUCUAAUCCAGUGGUUAAUGAUAUUAACCAUGAAGAACUUGUAGACGAGUCUUGGAUGUUUCGCAUGUCAAAAGAUAGUACAGAUUCUCCCGAGCCAUUCUUACGACAGAUAGCUAACAUUCAGUCUCAGGUGCGGAGUCUGAAGUCUCGUUUGGUCUCGGUUAUUUCUGAGAAUGGAAGCAUGUUAUCUUCUUCGGAGAAUUUUAGCCUUCAUCUACCAAACGAGGCACAAACAAGUUCUGCUCAAAGCCUCGAUUUUUCAGCUAACAUGGGAGGCUUAUAUGACAUGGCUGAUGAGAAUUCUGUUCCAUAUUAUAGUAUUUUUGCUCCUGACAUAAUUGAAAGUACCGUCGGUUCAUUGUCAUCGGUUGAUCUCCACACGCAAAUUGGAGAUACGUCUGAAGCGGUCAUGGAUAAUGCGGCUAUUGAAUCCGCAUUAAGGAACCAAAGAACAGAGAAGAACCGGGAAGAGGAAGGGGGAAGCGAGCAAGAAGAAAGUAGCAAUAAUUAUUGUAAGAAGUUAGGUGCAAAAAGUGGCUUCAAACAUGAAGAGCAACAAAUGGGCAAUGUAGGUUUAGGGCCUGAUAUUUGUUUCCCGAAGGCGAAAGGAAAGAGAGGUGAGCGUAAACCAGGCUUUCGUGGCGGUUGGAAAAGGUGAUAACUGGAGAGAAUGGUAUCGUCGGUUAGUUAAUUGAAGAUGUUAUGAUUGUUGUGAAGUAUCAUUUUGCUCGGUCUUAAAGUAUGUAAGGUCAUGCAUUCGAGUUUUCAUAAUUAGACUAUUUAAAGAAAAAAAGAAAGAUGUUAUGAUUUUUUGUUAGUUGCUUAUAUGUAUAAAUAUCGUAGUACGAUUGGUACGAACUAAUAACUAUAACGGUUA